AUGGAACUAGAGGGCCCUUCAAUCGCGGAGACGUCCUUUUACAAAGAUCUUGGAUGUUCGAUGAAUAUGGAGAACGUUCCAAAGGAAGUCACAAACCAGCUAACGGAUCCAGAGCUCCGAGCAGUCCUGUUCGAUUCACCGUUUCCCUUGCGCUCUGUUAUCCACCAGCGACCUGCUCUGACACUAUGGCUACGUCAAAGGCUCAACAAUCCACAGUGGCUGGAUCGAGAAGGACAUACAACAAUGGACACUAAGAACUCUGAAAGGGCUACCUCGCAAAACAAAACGCCCUCGAGGGAGGCCACCGACCAGAUUGGCUCACGUCAAGCACUGAUGGACCGGCUCAAGUUCAAGUGGGUAACGAAUAAUGGACCUGGACCUCGCGAGCGUCGUCGCUGCAGUUUAAAACCAAUGUUGUGGAUGACGCUAGCAAGAGACAGAAACGGAUGA